UUUUGCGUAGCCACAAUGAAAAGGCUGGUAGAUGAGCAAAAACAGACGCAUAGAGUUUUCAAUGACAUUGAAGGAUUAAUAGACGAGCAUUGCCUUGAGAUAAGCUUCAACGUACCAGAAUUACAACAGGAACGUUACAGUUUAGAAUACAAUCAAAGAAUUCAUCUUAUGAGGACUCACUUGGCAUUCUUGACUAUUGGACUCAUCACUUAUCUUGCUGCGUUUAUAUCUGGAAUAGCUGUCUGUUGUUCAAGAGCUUCGAAAUGGGCUCUUUUAUCAACGGUGUUUACCUACACUACAGCGUUUUGUGUGUCAUUGGCGAUGGCUUCGUUCCACGGUGUGGAAUACCUUGAAAGAAAUAGGAUUGACGAUACAAUUGGGAAUAUCAUUUUUCGGAAGCAAUGGCCACGGGUAAGUAAACAACGUGAAGCUUAUAUACACACAUAUAUGAUGUUGAUGGUAGUCUCUCGUGGUCCGAUGGUUCUGCAUUCUUUUGCUGAACAACCUGCAGAAAUGAUCUGUUUGUAGUAAUCAAAUACAUGU